UCCAAGCCAGAACCCCUCCUCCUCUGUCUGGCCUCAUCAUCAUCAGGAUCCUACCAUUCCGGGACUCCUCCAAGGAUGAUUCUGGAGGAUCUGCUAAUGGUCCUCAGUUGUCUCGGCCUGCACACCCUCUGGAAGGUCCAAGCUGUUCCUAUCCUGCCCCUGAGCCUGGUUCCAGACACCUUCGAUGAUGCCUAUGUGGGCUGCUCUGAGGAGAUGGACGAGAAAGCAGGCCUGCUGCUAAAGGAGGAGAUGGCACGCCACCCCCUGCUACGAGAGUCCUGGGAAGCAGCCCAAGAGGCCUGGGAGCACAGGCGUCACAUGCUUACUCUACCUCCUGGUUUCAGAGCCCAGCAUGGAAUAGCUAUCAUGGUGUACACCAACUCGUCCAACACCUUGUACUGGGAGCUGAACCAGGCUGUGCGGACAGGGGGUGGCUCCCGGGAGCUCUACAUGAGGCACUUCCCCUUCAAGGCCCUCCACUUCUACCUGACCCGGGCCCUGCAGCUGCUGAGAGACACUGGGGGCUGCAGCAGGGGUGAUGGGGAGGUGGUGUUCCGAGGCGUGGGCAGCCUUCACUUUGAACCCAAGAGGCUGGGGGACUUUGUCCGAUUAGGACAGUUUACCUCCAGCUCUCUGGAUGAAACAGUGGCUCGCGGGUUUGGUAAUGCCACUUUCUUCAGCCUAAGGACUUGUUUUGGGGCUCUUAUCCAGGCUCUGUCUGUCUUCCCUGAGGAGCGUGAGGUGCUGAUACCCCCACAUGAAGUCUUCUUGGUCACUGGGUUCUUCCAGGAUGGAGCCCAGAGAAUAGUAACUCUCUGGAGUUCUAAUCAGACCUGCAGCCACUUUAACUGCGCCUAUUUGGGUGGGGAGAAGAGGCAUGGCUGUGUGUCCUCAACAACAGUAGGACAGCCAGAGUUAUCCUCCACAGAGGCCUUGGCUCUGCGAUCAGGAAAGACAAUGCUCUUGGCCCCUGGGGAGUUGCAGCUCUCUAGAGCUGGACCCUGA